GCGCCAGCCACCCGUUGCAAAGCGCCGCAACGUGGUGUGCGCGAGCCGGGCCGGCCGGGCUUUGCGCGGUGCCGUGGCGGGGUCGGAGGGCCGCGUGCCGAUGCGGGGCGGGCAGGAUGCAGCAGAAGCUGCUGCGCAGCGCGCACUACAUCGAGCUGGGCGGCUACCAGUACUGGCCCGUGCUGCUGCCGCGCGGCAUCCGUCUGUACACCUACGAGCAGAUCCCCGUCUUCCUGAGGGACAACCCCUACAUCACCGACGGCUACCGCGCCUACCUGCCCUCGCGCCUCUGCCUUCGCAGCCUCUUUAUCCUCUCCAACGAGAGCGUCAACAUCUGGAGCCACCUGCUGGGCUUCCUGCUCUUCUUCACGCUGGGAAUCCGCGACCUGACCGUCGUGCUGCCCGCCGCUCGCGCCGCCCGCGAGGACUUCGUCAUCUGCGCCGUCUGCCUCUUCUGCUUCCAGGGGGAAAAAAAAUUGAUGCCAGCCAAGAAGCCAAGUCAGUGUACUGCGUGUCAGAGGUCUGUAUGCUUUGCUCAGUAGGAUAUCAUCUCUUCUGUUGUCAUCGCUCAGAGAAGACCAGCCGACGAUGGAUGGCAUUAGAUUACGCAGGAAUUUCCAUUGGUAUCCUAGGCUGCUACGUAUCAGGCGUGUUUUAUGCAUUUUAUUGUAGUAAAUACUGGCGUCAGGUGUACUUAAUCACUGUGCUGGCAAUGAUCUUGGCAGUAUUUUUUGUUCAGAUUCAUCCCAAUUACCUCACACAGCAGUGGCGCAGGCUGCGCUCCAUCAUCUUUUGCUCAGUGUCUGGAUACGGCAUUAUUCCUACUAUCCACUGGGUUUCACUCAACGGUGGCAUUGGUGCAGCUAUUGUACAGGAGUUUGCUCCACGUGUGGUUGUCAUGUAUUUCAUUGCUGCUGUAGCAUUUCUCUUCUAUAUUUCCAAAGUUCCAGAAAGAUACUUUCCAGGACAGCUCAACUACCUCGGCUCUAGUCACCAAAUAUGGCACAUCCUUGCAGUAGUGAUGUUGUACUGGUGGCACCAGUCUGCAGUGUACAUCAUGCAGUACCGACACAGCAAGCCCUGUCCUGAGCACAGUGUGGACUUAUGAGUGAAGAGGCACUGCAAUGAAACUUCUGACUACAGGAGUCUGAACCUUACAAAUAUGCAGAACCAUGAAAGUAAGCACUAAGGCAGUUCCUUUCCAACUUCUGGACUGUUACCCUACUCACUGAGAUGAUACAUUAACAGGAAUGCUGGGGGAAAAAAGCAGCAUUGCCUGGAUCUCAAUACAACAUCUGAACAUCUCCUGAACACCUCCAGGGUCAGUGACUCCACCACCUCCCUGGGCAGCCCAUUCCAGCACCUGACCACUGUCUCAGAGAAGAAGUAUUUCCUAACAUCCAACCUGAAUCUCCCCUGGCACAACUUGAGGCCAUUCUCUCUGAGAUCUGAGAUUCAUUUCCUUCUCAUCAUUUCCUGCUCUGCAAUCAAGUACAAAGCAGGUCUUUCUUAGAGUGGGACAACAAAAAGGUGGGCUGUAGAACUAAGCAUUUGGAGCACUGCAUUAUUUUCCUGCUUCGUAAAUACAAACAACAGAAUUGCAUACCAUUGCUAAGCUAGCAGGCCCAUAUGCCAUGUCUUCAGGUUUUGUAGCAGUACAGAACAAAAGGACACACUCCCAGGAGUAGUGUGCUUUUAGAACUCUGAUUAACUGAGUGGCUGGUCUUGGCUCUAAACUGCAUUGGUACAGGGUGCUGCAUCCUUCAGAAUCAUUGUCUAAGUGAUGUGUGUACACUUCAACAUCAGGACAGUAAUGUGUAAUGUCAAAUUCAGUGGAGUAUUGUACUUUUCUAGUUGUUUCCCUUUUUCUGGGAGAUGGAUGUUAUCUACCAUAUCUAUCUUGAUUUCAAAUCCUAAAUUGUGUCCUCAAGUAUAGGUGGUGCCAUUACUUCAGCAAAUCUCUCUGCACCACUCUGGUGCUUCUGAAUAGUGUUCUGAAAUAUUUCAGGAGUAGUCUUACACUUGCUGUUACCCUGGAAUUAGUAGAAGUGCAAAGGAUUUUUUUUUGUAAGUGACAUGUUCUUUUAGUAGGUGUAAAAAACAAGCCCAGAGUAGUAAGACUGCUAUGACUUCAAGCCACUGAACUUUGGCCUUUUAAUGACUCGUGCUGUACUUCCAACACUUCAUUAGUCGAAGUGAUUUAUUGCCAUUUGCUUUCUGCAGUAAAGACAACCUUGGGUUUUUAUAGUCUGCAGUUAAACCAUGUCUUGGUUUAAUGUCAACACUAAAGAGAUGAGCUAUGCAGGUUGUUAGAUACCUGGUGCUCAGCAUGAAGCUCAGUGGGUGCCAGCCUAGAGGCUGGCAGGGUGCUGUUCGGUCCCACCAAAGUUGCCUCUGUCCUGGGCAAAACAUUCCCAGCUCCCCUCAGCCUUCUACACAGGGAACAUGCCAAGGGAAUAGAGACAGUCAUUUACUGACAAGUAUUUACCUUGUACCAGGGAUGGAGGAGGCAGGACCCUUCCUCUUCUGCUGGUACGCUGGAGAGCAAUGCUGUCACCGAAUCCUCACUGAGCUUAAGUGUUUUUUAUUCCCAGUUCCAGAAACAGUUAUUGGAAAGAACUAAAUGCAUUUGAAGUUCAAAUCCCAGUCUUCUGAGCCUUCCAGUAUAAACACUGAUUUUUUUUUUUUAAACUUGACAGUAAAGCAAAUUUGAAGUGCACUAAUGACUGCUGCUAAAGUGUGACAAGGAUCCUGCAAUUGUUAAAGCUUGUUUUCAGUGUUACAUGAAUAAUAACAUUUGAGGAAUCUGUGACUGUGUACUGAAAACAUACUCAUUUUACAGUUUGCUAUUUUUUUUUUCCCAAACUUACUACUGUAGCAGUUUUCACUGGAUAAGAUUGUUAAGUUGUACAUUUUUAUUAUCCUGACAAAAUUUAUUAAACUGCAUGAUGGCCUUUUCUGUAAAUACUGAGCCUGUAAAUAAAUUUUGGUUCAUUGGAUGUUUACUUGUAACACUUUUAACAGAGUACUCAGAUGACACGUGAAUUGCUGCACACAACGUUUGAAAUGGGUGACAAGCAGAACAACCAUGAAUGAGCUACAACUUCGUACCUAUGUUCUGUUGCUGCUCCUAGCCGUUCUACAGUGUUGGUUUUCUUCAGCUUAGAUAUGAAAUAAACCAGUAGAAGCAGUUACCAAAAAGCUGCUCUGGCUAGUAGUUGGCAGAGUGAGUCAAAUCAAGUGAAAAACAUGUCUCUAAGAUUAAGUGCAGAACUAAGUUUGGAGUUAGCAAUGAAAAUUAAAGUUAUGGCCCCUGAAAAGGGAUAAAGCUUCAGUUAGCAGCUAUGAAUCUGAGUGUGUCCUUUCAAAAGCAUUUUGAAAGCAGGAAGGCUUAAAGGAGUAAUAAUGAACCUAAGGACAUUCUUAAUAUAUUAUCAACAAGUUGAACCGAGAUGGCAGUAGUGGGCUGCUAAUAUAACCAUCAUUAAAAAACAUCAACAGGAACCUACAGCCACAAAAAGCAACUAGGAGAAGCAACACUGCUUAUAGAAUAGCUUACAGCCUAAAUGAGAGUACUUAAUAAUGCCAUGUUUAAGGACAUCUGCAAAGUGACUGUUAUCAUGUUUAUUUAUUUAACAACUGCAAUAUUUAUGACAUACAUCAGUUUCACAAAACUCUGUUUAGUGGUACACAAAAAAGCUUAGAAACUUGAAGUCUAACAAGAAAUGGAAGUGUAGUUCAGGAAAGUGCACUUAAAAGCUGAAUGCCAGCAAUUUUAAAAUAGAUUUUAUGCUCUUUAAUAUUAGGUGAUGCCUUAGUCACAAACUCAGCUAUACACACCACUUCCUCAAUUUUUCUUUGAAAAGAAGCGCUGUAGAAAAGUAACUCAGCAGCCACCCCUUGCACUUUUUUCUCUUGCAGGUCUCCCUUAUUCACUCCUCCUAGUUUCAUCAGAAUGAUUGUGGCUGCAAUGUUACUAAAAACACAGUGCGAUGUGUGCGAGCAUGUGUAUCUUUUAUAUAUAUUUCUCAUAUAUAAAAAUACACUAUAUAGUAUAAAAAACUCCAGAUAAACUCUUAUUCUCACAGUAGCAAAUAUACCAACUUAUUUUCACAGUACUUAGUUUUAUUAACUGGGACAACCAGAAUGAUUAAAAAUUAUCUCCUUGAAAGUUGGUUUUCGCAGGUCCCACAUGACACAAGUCAGCAAAAGCAAUUCCGCACAUCUCACAGCUAUUGAGAGUCUGCAGAGAAACUCACCCUCUUAUCUUCCUUUCAGUGACCAUAACUAUGAAAGGCUUCUUAGUACCUUUGACAAAAACUGCCCAAAGCAGCUGAUUCUGACAGGUCUAUGGUUCAGUCAUUCAGCAGACUGAAAGAACUGUUAAAAACCUGUUGCUAUUUCCUGGUGAAAGGGAAGUGUGAAUUCCUUACCUUGUGAUCAUCAUCUUCACAGACAUAUGGUUCAAGUCUAAGUGCACAUGGUCUUUCCAGUAUUUCAGGUAAGGUCACAAUACACUCCAGGAAUGACAAGCACACAGGUAAAGAUAUCUACAUGCUGAAUAAAGGCAAAAGGAUACUAUGUUCCCCAGCAGUACCAUGCUUUGCCUCUGCUGAACCAUAGUUGAAGCUUAAACCCAGGCUGCAAACUUAAUAGACCACAAAGUUGAUGCAGUGAAGCACACUCUUCUCAGACGAGAGAAAAAAAUCAUUUUAACUCAAGAAACAUAAAAACUGCAUGUAUGCAAAAAGUUGUUUCAUAGAUGUAAGUACAAAGAUCAAGGCUUAUUAAGGCCACAAGAAAGCAAGUAUCAUUGGCUGUAACUCGGAGGCAGCUGGAGGCAAAAUGCCAGUUUCAGAGUAACUUGGGUUUAAGGUUUGCUUUCAUCUCUCCUAUCAGUUAUUGUACACAAUCCAACUUCAGCUUUCCUGUGCUGUAAUAAAACCAUGUGUGAGCCCUCUGUCAAAAAAAUAAAGUAGUAAAAAAUCCACCACACAAAGAAAUUCUGCUGUGCUCUUCAACCUGAAACUUCAAGGUCAUCAAACAAGAAUCAAAUGUGAUUCUUUCGUCUUGUAAUUUACCUUAAUUGAAGCCCACACUAAGCACCUAACAGCCAUGCCAACCCUCAAGCUGUUCUUCCAGCAGGGAAAGCAGUAACUGCAUGGUGCCAAUGAUGACUGGCCGUAUUUAAGACUGCGGGUCAGUUGCUUGUUGCUUUAUUCUUGUUUUGUUUCCACCCAUCUGUCCCGUUUUCCAUAAUAUUCUGUUCCAACAGCUGUCUUUAGGCCGGAAUAGUGACAGUUCAGAAGGAAACUGCAGGAAGGCAGCUAAUAAGCACGCACAUAGAAACAAAAUCGCAGUUAACCUGAGUAUCAGAAAAUGCUACAGACUCGGCGUGCACUUCUUACAGCCUUUGGCACAAAAAAAAAAAAACCAAAACUGGUGAGAA